AUGGCAGUGUGCCAGGCUUACGGCCACAACUAAUUGCUGGAGCCCAUUAUCCAGGUGCUGUGGGUGCAGGGCAGCAGUCCAGUCCCCUGGUGGUGUUUCUCACAAUUCCUUUUUCAUUGGUGUGCAGUGUCACAGUACCAGAGAAAGUGCUUACAGUGCUAUGCUGCAGCCAGAGAUAAAGACUGAUCACCGACCAUGAAGGCCAUCGCUUCUAAUAGGACAAGCAUCAUCAUCUUCGUCUUACUGGUUGUCUUUGUCUUAGUCUUUGUGCUACUAAACAUGCAGCAUAAAGUCCACCCUCCUAAACAAUCCACCAUCAAUGUAUCAACAGUUUCCACUGACCCCGACAAGCGUCAUAGCUUCUGCACCUUCCAGCCACACUCCCGUGAGGAGGCUCUGGAAGAACGCCUCCUACUAGAUUCCAUUGCUUGGCCUGAAACUCCACUUUUGCCAGCUCCUGUUUCCCUGGAGAAUACCAGUGAUCCAGCUCACAGCACCUUCACCAUUCUCCCAAGGAGGGGAGGAGGACAGUGGCAUGUAGGGGAUCAGCUGGAGGUCAUGAUAACAAUGUCUGACUUUCAGGACCGUUCCAAGAAGUAUGGGGGGGACUUCUUACUCGCCCGCUUGCACAACCUGAAGCUUGGUGCAGGUGUUGCUGGGCAAGUGGUGGAUCAUCUCAAUGGGAGCUACUCUGCUGUGUUCUCUUUACUCUGGGAAGGAGACACGCAGGUUGAGGUGACGCUGGUUCACUCUAGUGAGGCUAUCACAGUGCUGAGCAGGCUGACCAGAGAACAUCCUGACAGGGUUACCUUCAGCAGCCUCUUCCGCUCAGGCUCACGCUCUGAAACUACCCUCUGUAACGUCUGCCUACGUCCAACCCAGAAACCUCUUUGCAACUACACUGACCUCCGUACAGGUGAGCCUUGGUUCUGCUACAAGCCAAAGAAGCUGAGCUGUGAUGCCAGAAUCAGCCACUCAAGGAAAAUAUACAGACCAAACCUCAAGGAAGACGAGAGGAAGCUCUUUCAAAGUGGUGUCAACAUGAAAGUCCUCAUUCAGGCUUCCGGACCUGACAGUGUCAGCAUAUUGCCAAAAGAGGAAGGUCAACCAGAGGUGAAAAGCGGCAAUGUGACAGCUGGACCCUCUGGCUAUUACUACCAUGGUAUGUGGCGAGCACUAGGAGGCACCACAGUUCAUCAAUUCAACACCUCUGCCAUCAGUCAGUGUCUGAAAGGCAAGGUGGUCCACAUGUAUGGAGACUCCACCAUCAGGCAGUGGUUUGAAUACCUCAGAGCUCUACCAGAUCUUAAGGAGGUCAACCUGCACAGCCAGAGGCAAGUUGGACCUUUCAUGGCCUUACACUAUGCAAACAACAUCUUGGUGACAUUCCGCUGCCACGGUCCUCCUAUCCGUUUUUACAUGGUCCACACCAGCGAGCUUCGUUACAUUGCUAAUGAACUAGAUGGUGUAAAUGGAGGCAUCAAUACUAUUGUAGUUUUUGGCAUCUGGUCUCACUUCAGCACUUUCCCCAUGGAGGUCUACAUCAGUCGGCUGCGGAGCAUCCGCAGGGCGGUUGUAAGGCUGCUGGACAGGGCUCCAGGCACGCUGGUCGUUAUCCGGACAGGAAACCCCAAAGUUUUAAAGCGACUUUAUGAAACAUUAACCAACAGUGACUGGUACACUCUGCAGCGUGAUAAGGUGCUCAGACUCAUGUUCAAAGGACUGAAUGUUCAUCUGAUCGAUGCCUGGGAGAUGGUCGUGGCCCACCACCUGCCACACAGCCUCCACCCACAACCUCCCAUUGUUAAGAAUAUGAUUGACCUUCUCUUGUCUUACAUAUGCCCUUAAAAGAAGGGCUAGAUGUGUGUUUGUUGGGGGAGAGGUGUGGCUAUUAAAGCACAUGCUGAGUUUACGUGUUAUGUCUGUUUUCUCCUCAGACUGUGUUUAAACAUAGUGACUGGCUGCAGUAUAGGUCAUAAACCCCACCCACUCCAUGAUGGGACAUGGACCUAAGAGGUAUCUACUGUUUCCUCUUCAUACCCUUUUGUUACUAUGUAAGAUUGGGGGUGUGAGCUAUACAGUGGAGUUUCCCACUCUUUCUACAUUAUAUUUUAUUUAAAAGCGCUGUAUGUAAGAAUGUGGCCAAAACGGUUACUGCACUGAAAUUCAAAAUACUGCCGCGAGUCGUGUCCGCCCCCUGUAUGCUAUGUAUUGGGACACUGCUAAUGCUGCAUGCCAUGCUGCUUUAGCUCAGUCAUAACUGUAACUGAUGCUGAGACUCUACUGACUGUGUGACUGGUAGACGGCGGUGGGUGGCGCAACAGGCCAAAACACAAAUUCAAAACAUAAACAUGAUUUGCGGACUGUAAAAAUGUUUUUUAAAUGUGAAUAUUCUGGCUGUACUAUUGUUGUCAGUGAGA